CAAUCCAAAACAUCAACACGCGUCAUCGGGCAGCAACAGCAUGGCAGCUCCCAUGAAGAGUAUGGGCUCGUCAUUUAAUGCUACUAGUUUUCAGAAGAAAACUAGAAGUAAAUUAAUUUCGAUACCAGGCACAAGACCCUCAGUUCAGAAUGGACAGCUUAUAGUUUCGACUGGUGUUACGUCCCUCGACUAUUUGAUAGGUGGGGGCCUAGCAGUGGGGACAGUGCUGCUAAUAGAGGAGGACCGAUACAACAGCUACUCUCAGAUGGUUUUGAAGUACUUCAUGGCGGAGGGAGUACUAUGUGGACAUGAACUCUUCUUGGCGUCGGCUCAAGACCAUCCAGAUGACAUCCUCACGGAACUCCCUGCUCCCAUCUUGGAUGACAUCGCCAGCCACAGUCCAAUGGAGGGACGCAUGCAGCUAGGUGGGCCGCACGCUAGUCAAGACGCUAUGAAAAUAGCAUGGCGAUACCAGAAUCUACCAAAAGUACAGACCGCGCUGGCGUCCUCGUCCCGAUUCGGACACUACUAUGACGUCUCAAAGAAGAUGGAGCCAGAAAUCCGGCAGGCAGCCAACUGCCACGCGUUCUACCUUCCGGAACAUUCUACGGAGUCGUCAGCCCCACACAGUCCGCUGCUUGAGUCCUACUCUGCACUGCUCAGGUCCAUUCAGGAGGUCAUACGCAAGGGAGGGUUCGAUGGAGCCGCACCCCCGGCAAAGUCCCGGAACGUCUUGCGCAUCGGGCUCCCGUCCCUGGGUUCCCCCCUGUGGGGUGACGACCUGUGUUGCCGCGACAACCCCGCCCACGGCCACGCCCUCACCACCUUUCUCUACGGACUGCGGGCCGUGCUGAGGUCAUCGCUCUCCGUGGCGGUGCUGACCAUUCCCUCUCACCUGAUCCAGAACCGGGCCGUAAUGGGCAACAUCACCAGGCUGUGUGACAACGCUAUAGCCCUGGAGUCGUUCAAGGGCUCCGACAGAGAGACCAACCCGCUCUACAAAGAUUACCAUGGGUUGCUCCACGUGCGCCAGGUGCCCCGCCUCAACUGCCUGCUCACCGAACUCCCAGACCACAAGGACCUGGCCUUCAAACUCAAGAGGAAGCAGUUCACCAUCGAGAGGCUACAUCUGCCUCCCGACCUGUCAGAGACCGUGAGCCGGGUGAGCAGGGGGGAGCUGGCAGGGGCGGCCGCCACGGGCACAUCGUGUGGUUCUUCCGGCAACAAACACCUGGACUUCUAGAAGCGCGCACGCACACACACACACACACACACAGACACAGACACAUACACACACACACACACACACACACACACACACACACACACACCAUCACUCUCACCGAGGGGGCCUGGAAAGCCGGGACAGUGGAGUGAUGUCCUCUUUGUUGCCCGGACCAGGUUGUUUCCUCACCCACACGCUGUCAGCGGUAAUAACCCCGCCAGUCGCUUCCCGACCUUCAACGUGCGCCCAGGCUUUAGCACAGGAUAAAUGUAAACGACGGUGACGUUCCGCCGCUGCUCAGCGUACAAUACAUCACAGGUGGUUAGGGGGACAUCCCUGCGUUCAGCGUUGACUGAUGUGAAGACUGAGGAGGGCUAUUUGUGUGGGCUUACUGGCGUCGGUAAUUGACGUUUGUUUUGCUCCUUCUACGGCAGUGGUCGUGUGUCAAUGACGCUCUGCUAAAUCGUGUCAAACUCCCCCGAGUCUCACAAAAUGCUUACAUUUUUACCAUUCUUGUGUUUAAUAAAACAAAUAUGUAAGAGUAA